UUUUUAUCCAAAAAGUGGAGACCCAUUUGAGGAUUUGGGUAUGUUCAAUUGGAGAGAAGAAGAACAAGAAGAAGGAAGAGAUCAAUCAAACAAGUGUUGUUUAUGGAUUGGGGUUGGGGAACUCUUUCUGGAAAACCCACUUUCCGGGAAAAGAAUCACACCCCCCCACCGCCCACAAGUUUCUCUGACUCGAUUGGUUCUUCCAAUAAUAAUGAAGAACCCAUUCUCGAGGGUUCGAGCCAGGAAAGUUCUUCCUCUAAUGGAUCCUCCAAAAGGACUCGAACCCUCCAAGGGACUCAAAAUCAGUCGUGUUUGGUUGAUGGUUGUGACUCUGACCUGAAGAAUUGCAAGGAGUAUCAUCGACGCCAUAGGGUCUGCGAUUUGCACUCCAAAACCCCUGUUGUGAUGGUGAGGGGCGAGGAAAAACGAUUCUGUCAACAGUGCAGCAGGUUCCAUCCGCUUGGUGAGUUCGAUGAGGUGAAGCGAAGCUGCAGAAAGCGGCUUGAUGGGCACAAUCGCCGCAGGAGGAAGCCUCAACCUGAAUCCCUGUUUAUGAGUUCAAGAGAUUUCCUGUCAAACUGCAAAGGGCCAAUUGUGCUGCAGUUCAGUAAUCAACAGAUUCAUGUGCCUGAUGAACAUGGUAGGAAUUUAUGGUCCAUGAGGCCUGAAGAAACCUCCAUGGUUCCACCAAAUUCCUCUGCUUACUUCAGCUAUGGAGGAGAAGGAGACAACGAAGAGUUGCCCUUUUUCCUCCACAAAAAUGGGACAAGGCAAGGUAAGCAAAUGGUGUCUUCUCGGUUAUGUUUCAAUCAGCAACUUCCUGAUGCAAUCUCUCAGGGAAGUGAGGUGGGCAGCCAGAAACAAGCGGUGCCUACCAAUACUUCGCCCGUGGAUUCAGGUUGUGCUCUCUAUCUUCUGUCAUCGCACCCAGAUGCUGGGUUGAGCUCUUUAAUUCAGUCUCAUCUGAGUCUUCCAGUCCAAACUCCAGAGACUGAGCUGCAUUUCAGUAGUUUAAGUGACUUCUCUGCCUCCUUUGGCUCCAAGGACAAGCCUGUUUGUGAAACCAAUCUUGAUAAUGGGUUGGUGCUUGAAAUGGAGGCAUCUGAUGGCUUGUUCCAAAGUGAGGCUCCACAUAAGUUUCCCGUUUCUUGGGAGUAGUCUUGCUUCAGAAACCAUAUCUGUUUUCUAUGGCUUUAAUCCAAGACUCGUUUUGAAUUUGAAGUUGUGUGUUCUUAGACAGCAAAUGUAUUUUGCUGGUUUGUUUUUUGAGUUUCCAUAAUCAGGAAUAGACUGCUUUGACAUCAUCAUUUAUACCAGGAGUCGCACAGCAUCGUGAACAUGUUACGAUAUAUCUACGUGCCAUUUUGUAACACCUACACCGAGCGACCCUGGUAAAGAUUGUCUUGCUAUUCCUCUUCUAGACUUGUGUUCUUGAAUCAUGUUUUGUUUGGAAA